GACAUCUGUGAUUCAUCGUCAAGCAGAAAUCGUCUUCCAUAACAAGCUCAAGCUACACUUCCUAUUCUACUUCCUAUUGCGUCAUGUCGAUCGUGAGGCGCAGCAGCAUUUUCGAUCCCCUCUCUCUCGACGUCUUCGAUCCUUUCCAAGGCUUCCCUUUCGAUGCCUUCCGAUCCCUAGCCGAGAGGCAACCCGGCUUCGUCGAUGAAACCUCCGCCUUCGCCAACACCCGCAUCGACUGGAAGGAGACUCCCGAGGCGCACGUGUUCCACGCGGACCUCCCCGGCCUCAAAAAAGAGGAGGUGAAGGUGGAGGUGGAGGAAGGCCGGGUCCUCCAGAUCAGCGGCCAGCGCACCAAGGAACAAGAGGAGAAGAAGGACAAGUGGCACCGCGUGGAGCGCAGCAGCGGCAAGUUCCUGCGCCGCUUCCGCCUUCCGGAGAACGCCAAGGUGGAUCAGGUGAAGGCGAGCAUGGAGAACGGCGUGCUGACGGUGACGAUCCCUAAGGAGGAGGUGAAGAAGCCGGAGGUGAAGUCCAUCGAGAUCUCCGGUUGAGCCAGCUCCGGGUUCAUGUGAUCCGCAUCUAUAUAAAGUAGCUCUUAACACGUGUGUGUGCCGUACGAUGUUUGAAUUUCAUAAUGUUUGUUUAUGUACCAGUGUGCUCUCCACUCCGCCUACUCUAAUGGCAAUUUGUUUUCUGUGUUAUAAAUAAUUAUUAUUAAAGCACUCCUAUGUUGAAAUACAAAUUUGCCGUGGUUAUUAUCUUUCUCA